ACGGCAAGGCUUUAGAAGCUAAGAAGGUAGCACCUACCGUUGAUUUAGCGAUUCGACCCUAAAAGAAAUCGCACACAAAAAUUGUCGGGGAAAUUUUGCAAGUUCCUAGCUCCAGAACAGAAGGACGAUUACCAUCUCGACCAUUUACAACUUUUACUCUUCUUCGUCCUCUUCUUCAUUCACAAAUUCGAGUAUCCCUUCGCAAUGGCCGAGCAACUAAUUCUUAAGGGAACCCUCGAGGGCCACAAUGGCUGGGUCACCAGCUUGGCUACCUCUAUGGAGAACCCCAACAUGCUCCUCUCCGGCAGCCGUGAUAAGUCUUUGAUUAUCUGGAACCUGACCCGAGACGAGUCGCAAUACGGUUACCCCAAGCGAUCUCUCCACGGCCACUCCCACAUCGUGUCCGACUGCGUCAUCUCCUCUGAUGGUGCCUACGCCCUGUCCGCUUCUUGGGACAAGACCCUCCGACUCUGGGAGCUGGCUACCGGUACCACCACGCGACGAUUCGUCGGCCACACCAACGAUGUUCUUUCCGUCUCUUUCUCCGCCGACAACCGACAGAUUGUCUCGGGUUCGCGCGACCGAACUAUCAAGCUGUGGAACACCCUAGGUGACUGCAAGUUCACCAUCACCGACAAGGGCCACACCGAAUGGGUCUCUUGCGUCCGUUUCAGCCCCAACCCCCAGAACCCCGUCAUCGUCUCUAGCAGCUGGGACAAGCUCGUCAAGGUCUGGGAACUUUCCACCUGCAAGCUUCAGACUGACCACAUUGGCCACACCGGCUACAUCAACACCGUCACCAUCUCCCCCGACGGAUCCCUCUGCGCCUCCGGUGGCAAGGACGGCACCACCAUGCUCUGGGAUCUCAACGAGUCCAAGCACCUGUACUCCCUAAACGCUGGUGAUGAGAUCCACGCUCUCGUCUUCUCUCCUAACCGAUACUGGCUCUGCGCCGCAACUGCCAGCUCCAUUAUCAUCUUCGACCUGGAGAAGAAGAGCAAGGUUGACGAGUUGAAGCCCGAGUUCACAUCGGUUGGUAAGAAGAGCCGGGAACCCGAGUGCGUGAGCUUGGCCUGGAGCGCCGACGGUCAGACCCUGUUCGCUGGUUACACCGACAACAUUAUCCGAGCAUGGGGUGUUAUGUCGAGGGCGUAAAUCCUUUCCCGAGGGGUCGAAUAUCGGUCAUUGACUGGGCGUACGGGAUGGGCUGUCAUUUGAGCUUUAAUCAAGGGAAAUGGCAAUCGCUGCGACUGGUAACGGAAAUACACUAGAUACGUUGCAUUGCCGCUUGGUUGCUACCAUACGGU